GUUUACAGCGUUCUGCUUUAGACAACUAUUGGUCAUAUUGGCAUAUUUGUACUGUGCACUAGCAGACAAUGCAGCACCAAAAAUGCACCGUUCACUUAGAAUUUGCACUGAUGUAUUAACGUGAUCGUAGCCGCCAUUUUGUGCACGCAGCUUUGCUUUUUGGUAAUUGUCGGUCUAGUUCUAAAAAAAAAUUGAGUUCUUACAAAUAAUCUUUAUUCAGGAUAACUGUUUGUUGAAAAUACAUCCCGAUUGGACAUUUGGCGACAGGAGUGUGCUCUGUAUGAGCCAGUAGUUCGAUCUGAAGAUAUGGGUAGCGCUGCAAGCAGUGCCCGUAAUCGACCACCUACUCCACAAAGUGCUAGAAUUCCAACAGUACCACCUGCCACCGACCAACACGCUGAUGCUGCUGGCCAAAACACCAGUGAUGACUCGGCCAAAUAUCCCAGCCAAACACACGAAGAUGGCAGGGGACCUGAGCCUAUGGCAAACAACGGGAGUUUGUCAUCAGACCCAUCUGCUAAGCAAUCUCCAAGCGGGAUAUCACAGUCGCAAAGUGCUGCUGCCAGUAAGCAAGAAGCUAGCGCGUCUCCCACGGCAAUUAGUGAUCCUCCUUCAGUUACUCUGACUGCUGUCAAGUCAAAACCAUCCCAAGAAGAAAACAAAUCUAAGAAUAAGAACUCAUUAAAGGAUGAGAAUAUUGUAUUAAAAUGCGUGGAGUUCCUCAAACAGGCUACAAAUACUGGUGGUACUGUCGCUCCAUGCAGCCCCGCUGAUCCAUCAGCUUUUGAGAAAAACUCGGGUCGCCGAGAGGCCCUCCGCUCGAACUUUCUGAAUUCAUUGGAGCAACUGCGUGAAGUGGAAAUCUACACCGACGACAGCGCUAUGGCAGACCUCCUGAAUGUUUGCCAAAUGAGCAACUUGACGGACCCGGAGACAGCAGACGAAUUGGUUGAGGAAGGAUACCCCGACUUGUUCUUGAAAAUCUGGAACGGAGUCUAUCAUGACGAUAUCUACACGUCAAAAGAACAGUACAGGCAGUACAUUGUCUACAAUCUCCUCAAACAAGCUAGCAUUAAUUUCACCCACGUGAGUCGAAAACUUUGCGGAGCGAUGGGCAGCUCUGAACGUGGAAUAGUUCCUCUCGUUGCUAAGGAGUUCGAACAUCCUUUGAUGAAGUUGGAAGCCUUGAAGGAUGGCGUUAAGAAGGCUCUCUGGGACUCUCCUAGAGAGACACUCAAGAAGACAAUAAACAUCUUAGCGAACAUCAUCCGCGGAGACAUUGACAACAAACUAGUCUUUCGUCAGGCCAACAUCGUGCCUCAUCUUAAAGCUUUGCUCGAAUGCCGCUUUAUGAUUAUGCGUGCCAAAGCUCUCUUGUGCCUUGUAUAUCUAAUUAAUGAGGACGAAAACGAGGCUCUCAACACGACAGACGACAACAUUGAUUUCGUCAUCAAGGUUCUGGGAAAGUGCCUGAAUGAGAAGGGUCAUUACUCGGAACAUUACACCUUUUCAGCUGAGGUAGUUGUGGAUGGGAUUGUUUAUCUGGCUGGAAACGACUCCAAUAAACUUAAACUCGUCAAGAAAGGCGUUAUCGAUAAACUGAUCACCAUGUUGAGGACGGAGAGAGUGGGUGAGAAACACGCUGCCGCUAAAGCCGUAUGGAAGCUAGCGUUCCAUGAAGACAAUAAGAAACAAUUCAAGACAAACGACACCUUGAUCACAAACUUGAAGGAACUUUUAAGCCAUGAAUCGGACCCAGGGCUUCUGAAGGCUUGCAAGACGGUGUUGUGGAUGCUGGACUAUACCUUCGAUAAUUCCGAGUCCUGUGGACGCGGGAGCCGACCUUUGACUGGCAAACACCGAGCCAGACCAAUCGCGACCGCGGAUAACGAGAAAUCAGAAGACAAACCAGACGAUGCUGAAAAAGGCGGGGAUGGAGAAGGUCUUGAUUUAGACGACGACGAUGACUUCGGUGACGAGGUACCUCACGUGAUGAUCAGCUACCAAUGGGGAGUACAGAAGCAAAUGAUCAAGAUAAAAGAACUUUUGAAGGAAUCCGGAUACAGUGUGUGGAUGGAUGUAGACAACAUGGGUGGUUCUACGCUUGAGUCUAUGGCAGCAGCUGUGGAAAGAUCUGCCGUUGUGCUCAUAUGCUUCACUGAAAAAUACAAACAAAGUGCUAGUUGCCGAACAGAAGCUGAGUACACCUACAAGCUUCAGAAGCCUAUCAUCCCGCUACGUCUUCAGGAGGACUACGAUCCAGACGGUUGGCUGGGCAUCAUGAUUGGUGCCAAGCUGUAUGUAGAUAUGAGUAGAGCGAAUUCCUUGGGGGAGGACUUCACCAAGUUGAAGCAACAACUUGGAGGAAGAGGCAGGAUGCUCAAGGAAGGAUUACACAACACAUUCAAUUCCACUCUACAAGAUUCGCAUAAUGCCAGCGGAACACAGAAAGAUGUAUCGAUGAUGCAACGGCGUCCACCCACACAGCGGAGCACUAACGUCAAAACCCCCGGCAGCCAAGAACACACGGACGCCAAAACGGUAUCUACCUGGACCAAUGACCAAGUCAACACCUGGCUGGCCAAACACGGACUAGGCGGGCUCAAGAACCGUUUCGACGGCUACAACGGACAGCGGUUACUCGGUCUAAAGACCAUCUCCACCGAGGCUCCCAAUUUCUUCUACUCGGAAAUCAAAAAUGAUUUGGGAUUUAAAAAUCUCUUAGAGAUCGUGACAUUCAAGCAAGCUCUUGAUGGGAUAAUCUGAAUAAGAUUGGUUCGACGGUGGAGCUUAUAGCCAAGACUAGCCCCACACGUAGGGCUGUAGUGGCUCUUCUUUACAGUCCGUCAUGGUGGCGACAGAUAAGAGAUAGGUUGUAAAAGACAGCCACUACAGCUUUUCGUGUUGGGCUAAGCCGAGACCGACAUCAUUGGACAAAAGUUGUGCAGAAAUUCCCACUGCACACGGUACCUGUGCGUCGUAGUCUCAACUCAAAGUGUAUUUUCUGAGUCCAAACUUGAAAAAGUAACGAGACUGAAGUCUCAAAUGAAUAGGGUAGUAAAAGGCUAUUCGUCAAGACCUUAUUCGGAGACCUAUGUUAGUGUAUUCAUUCUAUUUUCGUUUCCUUUGUUGUUGCUUUUUUUUUCCUUUUUAAAUUGAGGACAAUUUUAUGGGAGUUCGUGGCUUAACAUAAAACUACACUUGUAGACGGCGGAGUAAAACGAGUAAUACCGAGUUUAACCAUAGGUCUAGUUUAACAAGGGGUCUGGGUAACGCAAAACUGUCAUCAAGUGAGCAAAUAAUUGUUAAUCAUAAAUACCUAAGAGAGUUUAGCCAUUCCUGUUGGUCAAAAUCCUGUCACGUGGCAGGUCUAGCGUUCUGCGCGUGCGCCACACAAUGGAUAACGCAGUACUGGCGCGCCACGCACGCGCCAAUCUCCACAUAAUUUGUUGGCGAUUUAAUACUGGCGAGAGACUAGAGUUUACAAUAACAUUAAUCUAAUUGAAAUCAAAAUAAGGCUGCUUGAUAUCAAAAUAAAUUUGUUCGAAAAUACAUAUAACAAAGCUGUUUGAAAACGAAAAAACGAUGGCACUUAUGGGCUUUUGUAGUCAGAGCCCAUGUUUGUUUUUUUUUUGCUCUAUGAUGACCUAUACUCAAUUUUUGCUACUGCGCCUAUACAUUGUACGGUAUUAACUUUAUGCACAGCUCGACGACGAUGUUGCCCAGAAAAUACCUCUGUUUUACUGGUUUACCUGAAUUAUGUUACCACCUUGCGUGACUUUUAUGCUUCAUGGCUGCUUACUUCGCCAAACUGGUGGGUAUUGAAUUGAUACUCUGACGGAAAGGGAAAAUAUCGGAUGUAUUAAUAGUGAGUCCCUUCGGAAAGUUAGGCCCACAUGGCCUAUAUCUAUAUGGGCCUAACUGGUUAAAAAAACUUAUUACUUACUUAGGCCUAAUUGUACCGUAUUUAACAUUAUGUCAUAGGCCUAUGGGAUUUUAGCCUGGGGAAAUUGCUGGGUUGUUUUAAUCAAUAGAAUACUAGCACUACAAAAAAGUUUUAAGAAUAUUUCCACUCUGCCACUUGUCUUGAACAUGGUAAUCCUCUUUUUCAUGGGUCUUUUAUACUUUAUAGGCCUAGGCCUACAUGUAUAAAACCCUUAAACUUUCUUUAGGCCUAGUAGGCUGUAGUAUAAUUCUCUUCAGCUUGGGAUCCUCAUGCAACAAUUAAACAAUAAAAAAUUACCUAAAUCCAUUUGCUUUAUGUUUACUCUAAAUGAAGAGGUGCGCCACUUCACCAGAUGACAUAAGAAACUUCAUCAAUCCUUUGCACACAGCACUCUUACACAAAACACAGUGAAACAUGAGGGUCCCAAGCUGUGGAAUUCCCUGGAUACCUCUGUAAAGAAUUGUUGGAAUCUACAAACAUUCAAACAAAAAUACAAGGCUAAACUAUUAACCAAGCACAUAAAUACUACUAAGUUUUAUUCAAUCUUUAUGUCUUACAGGGUUACAAGACUGUCUUCUUAUUGUCAAGUAUAUUGUUAUGAUUAUUGUGUUUGUAAUGUACAUUAUGUAUACAUGUAUUGAUUGGGGUCCCAACUCGACAAACAUUGUUUCUAUGGAACCCCAUCCACAUUCAUACCUCUUGUGAUAUCUUAAUUAUACUCUUACAGUUAUGUGGAAAAUGAAUAAUGACUGAAUAUGACCCUAAAGUCAAAACUGUUUUCAGAACUGUCAGUGUGGACUGUGCUGUGUAUGGGUUUCAUCAUGAUUUCGUACAUGCAUUUUGUAGCCUCACUAAGGGUGCGUUCGCACGGUUACUCCUGUUAACACGAGUAGGAUGCGUGCGCAUUACACUCGGGUACAGAGGUAGACUCCCCCUCUAGCAAGAGUAAACUCUCACUGAUCCUCGGGUUGUACUCUAGCCAUUCGAGCACUCAGGGGUAUACCCGUGUUAAUGCAAGUAGCUCGCUCGAACGCACUCUAAAAAACAUUGACAGUGUGGCUGAAGAUUUUACAAAAUGUAGCCUUGUAUUCAUUUCAGUGAUUUGUUUGCUGUAUUCUGCCAUCUACAGCAUGAAAACGUGAUGGAGAGUCAUGGAUUCUUUUAAAACACUUGAAGUUUAGAAAUAAUGUAGACGAAAACAAUAUUUGAUGUUACUGAACUAAAGUUUAGUGCUGUAUUUUUAAUAAAGCUAUGUAUAUUUCCCAAUUCCUGUACAUUCAUUUCAGUUUUCCCAAUAAUCUAAUGUAACGUAAUGUCUAUUUUUCUUGUGCAUGCAGACAAAAGAACAUCAGCAAGUAAAGUAGGGUGAAGUGGUUCCUACUCGGUCAUACUGUAUUUGGAAGGCUUCACUUCACAGAUUAUAGCUAGUUAGUACAAACACAGUAUUACAAAGUUCGAAGAUUAGAUUUGUUACAGUAGUGUACAGCUGUAUGUUGACACGGUAAACAAGGUUGGAGACUUUUUUUUGUUUGGAACAAGGAGAAGAUAUUUUCCGUGAAGGAUAAGACAAAGUUUUGGACUGCUUUGGCAUGAAAUGGUAUACUUUUGUCACUGGAGAAAAACCAAGGUCAUAUUCAAUUGCUUUUCCCAAAUGUCAUAAUUGAGAGAAAAAAAUGCCUUAAUCCUAUUAAACCAUUAUUACUAUGCAUUUUGUGCAUCAAGUACGCUAAAGGCAAUUUACGGAAUACACUGAAAUUUCAAGACCUUUAUUGUAGCUGUGUAUGUGUAUUUCCAAUACAUGUAGUGCUCUUUUAAUAUAUUGAGGACACUGGAAAAAAAAUGCAUUCUAAGUCUUACCAGUUGAAUGAUUUGCAUUUUUUGAACUGUCCAAAUUUUUGCUUUUUUUUCCUGUGGUUAGAAUGAAUGCCCCAUUCAUAAUAAGCGGUUAUUGCAAUUUUCAUAUUUCAAGGAAUCGCUAUAUAGAACAAGAGUCCUAUUUUUACCAACCUGUCUGAAGUACACGUAUGCUCUUAAUUGAAUAAGGUAGAGGACCUGAGGUUUGGAUCCUUGCAGAAUCUUUUUUUAAGUUAUGUUAACGUUUCUGUCAGUUGAACUGAUCUUUUUGAAAAAUACAUGGUGUACAAUAAAUAUUUGGAGGGAAGUUAUGCAUAGAAAGCUUGACGUGCAUAAUUUGAGCCGCAAAUUUGCAACUGAAAUACAUGCGAGGUUCUGCACUCUGGCUCAAUCUGUUUCUACUUGCUCGCAUUGCUCUUUAGUUUGUUUACAUAUGCAAAUUUAUCCUUUAUUUAUAUAUGCAGAUAAGCUGUGACCUCUGACUGUUUUCGAAAUUGCGCAAUCCUAACGUUUAAAUAUAAGUUCCGAAAUCAUCUUUAUCAAGAGGCCUGUGGCCUGGUGGGUUAGCUUGCUGACUGCCAGGCCAGGGGACCCCGGUUCAAUUCCAGCUGGGGUCCCCGGAAAAGGAGG